AAACAAACGUGAAGCCGGAUAAUUUCCAUCUAGAUUAUUUGAGAAUUUCAUUGGAAAAUUGAUGGUUGAGGGGGUUGUCACUGCAUUUCCAGCAUGGCCUCGAGUGAAGAGACGGCGAAAAGACGGAAAGUCAAACAUGUCAGGCCGAACGCCCUGUUUGAAAAGUGGAUCACUGAGUGGCGAGACGAGGCCAAGGAAAAAGGUCUGCAAACGGCCUACACCUACAACAAGGCCCUGGCGUCCUUGAAACUGUAUCCGCUGCCUUUCAAGUCGGGGAAGGAAUGUUCGCUGCUGAAAAACUUCGGCGCAAAACUCUGCUCCAUGCUGGACAAGAGGAUCGAAGAGUACAAAGCCGCAAACCCCGAUGACACAAGGUUUUCUAGUGAAGCGUCAAGCCUGCCAAAACCAUCUCCGACAAAAAAAGCAAACUCGCCCAAAAAGCGACGUGCUCCUGCCAAGAAAAAGCAGACGCAGCCUGAAGAGGACAUUGUGGAGGAUCUCGAGACUGUUUCCGUGCAGAUUGCCCCAGGGCAGGUCCAGGUCAAAUUGAUCGUAGACUGCAGUGAAACUGCGGCACAGAAAGCUUCUCAAAAGAUGACUGCGAAGGAGCUGGCACUGCAGGGUAUUCCGUACGAGGUGCGAGACCUGAAUGUGGGUGAUUUCCUUUGGCUGGCCAUCGCCCCUGACGGAACUGAACUCGUUUUGCCUUUUAUUGUCGAAAGGAAGAGAAGCGACGAUCUCGCGCACAGCAUCAAAGGAAGUCGAUACCAUGAGCAAAAAAUGCGGCUGAAGAUGUGCGGUCUGAACGUGAUUUACCUGAUUGAAGCUACAAAACAUCACACAGCUCUGCCCCAGGAGACGCUUUACCAGGCGCAGACCAACACCAACAUCGUCGACAAGUUCUGCGUGCACAACACUUCCAACGUCAAGGAGACCGUCUCCUAUUUGGCCACCAUGACCAGGGUUUUGCAGAGAAAAAUGAGUGGGAAAUUUAUUAAGAGCUGCGGCGUGGAUGACAGUCCCGAAUAUUCACUUUCAGCCCAAACGCUUUGUCUUUACUCAUUCAAGGAGUUCCAGCAAGGAUCUGUGAAAAUUGAGAAUUUCACGGUGCGGGAGAUGUUUGCUCAGCUGUUGCUGCAGAUUCAGGGAACGUCUGUGGACUCAGUUUAUGCCGUGGUGGAAAAGUUUCCGACGCUGGCGCACAUGCGAGGCGCCUUCGCCAACUGUGAUUCGCUGUCGGAGAAGAUCGGGCUGCUCACCGUGCUGCAGUUCGGCUCCUCCAAACGCAGUCUUCCUUAUGAGGUCGCCAAGAGGAUUGUCCACUUCUUCACGGUCCGUGACUUUGAACAAAUUCAGUGACACUCAUGUGAAGUUUGGAAAAAAUGGACACUCUCAUUGUCAGUGCGUCUGCUGAUUACUGAUUACUGCUUAAUAAAUAUUAUGU